GUCAAAGGAGCUGACAAGAGUCACAGAAAGAGUGAAAGGAUUUCACAAGUCAUCCACACAAAGCCUCCAAAGAUGAAGACCUUCAGUGUUGCAGUUGCAGUGGCCGUCGUGCUCACCUUUGUUUGCCUUCAGGAGAGCUCUGCUGUCCCAGUCACUGAAGAGCAAGAGCUGGAGGAGCCAAUGAGCCUUGAACAUGUGGAGAUGCCAGUGGAAACGUGGAAGAUGCCGUAUAACAACAGACUGAAGCGUCACAGCAGCCCCGCUGGCUGUCGCUUUUGCUGCGGUUGCUGUCCUAACAUGCACGGAUGUGGUGUCUGCUGCAGGUUCUGAGGAUUCUGCACCAGCCUGGAACUUCCACAACAACCACUGAAGAUUAAUUUAUGAAGCUUAUUUUAUCUUCAAGCACUCUGGCAACUUUCUCUUGUAGUUCAUGUGUUUUGUGACUGCAUCAUCCACACUGGGUGCUAAAUAUCUGCAGAAACUACAGAGUAUUAUCACAAUAAACUUCAAUUUCACUAAUAUAUAAUGUGUCAACAUGUUCUUUUCACAUUGUUUUGUCUUAUAACAAUCUGCUCAGUUGUGACAGUUAACUUUUCUUUGAACUGUGUCAA